GCUGCUGCUGCUGCUGCCGCCGCCGCCGCCGCCGGCGGCGGGGGAGCGAGCCCCUGCCCUCCGGCUCCCGGCCCGCCCGCGGUUCGCUCCGCAGCAGCCGGCCCGGCCCGAGGCCGCUGCCGGGGGCUCCGCUCCCCCGUCCCUGCCCGGGGCCCGACGCAGCCCGCCGGGCGCCUCCCGCCGUCGCUCCCCUGAGGCGGGACCGUGCCCGCGGCCGCGUCCCUGCCGCGGGAUGAAGAGGAUCUUCGGGUUCGCGAGGAAGAAGAAAGGGCAGCCGCCGUCCGGCAGCGCCUCCCUGCCCUGCCCCGCCGGUGCCUACGAGCUCCGGCAGAAGGACCUGGGCAAGCUGCACCGUGCGGCUGCCAGCGGCGACCUGGCCCAGGUGCGGCAGGGGCUGAAGAAAUACGGCGUCGACGGGCGGGACAAGGCGGAGCGGACACCUCUGCAUCUUGCUUCUGCAAACGGCCACGUGGAUGUCGUUACAUAUCUAGUAGAAAACAAGUGUAAGCUAAAUCUUUUUGACAAUGAUAACAGAUCGCCACUGAUGAAGGCAGUACAGUGCCAGCAAGAAAAAUGUGUGGCUGUUCUGCUACAGCAUGGUGCUGACCCAAAUCUGGCAGAUGCUGACGGCAACACUGCUCUUCACCUUGCUGUCAUAUCUCCUAAUAUAUCUGUAGCAGGGCUGUUACUUGAGCAUAAUGCCAAUAUUGAUGCCCAGAAUAAGGAGGGAUGUACCCCGCUUAUUCUUGCUGUCUCUGAACAUCGUGAAGAGAUAGUAGAGUUUCUCCUCAAAAAAGGAGCUGACGUGCAUGCUCGAGAUCAAUGUGAAAGAACCCCACUUAUGACUGCUGCUUCUGGUGGGGAGCUUAAUUUGAUAAAAGUUCUUCUUCAGUAUGGUGCUGAUGUUUCCCAUAAGGACACUAACGGAUGGACAGCUGAGGAUUAUGCUGUUAUUCAUGGAUAUUCUAGUCUCAGUAAACAACUGGCAGAAUAUGCAGACUGGGAAAACACAGGAGAAGCUUCUGCAGGUGGUGCACAAGGCAUCAUGGUACCUAGCACUCCUCACCGGGUAGGAGCUGCUGGCUUUGCGUUGGGUGCACCUGCUGUGGACAGAGGAGCAAUAGAUGACUUUUCCCAAGGAGACUCAAUAAGCUCUGAGAAAGAGGGGAGUGGUGACAGUUGGCAUGCUUCCGAGGAAGAACAACUUGAUUUCACCCCCAAGAAGCUGCAGAAGCCAAACUUGACACUGUUAAUGAACGUUUCCCAGCAGUUCAAGAAAAACAAUGAUGGCGAUGGUUCUAGAAUUGAAAGUCCUAAGUCACCAAAGAAAAGCCUCAAACAAAGAACCCCGUCAGAUGCAAACCUGAACAAAGGAGAAUGUGGAGAAUUGUUGAGUCAAGAUGUCUCAGAUGCAAGCAACCUGGAGGAAGAAGAAUUGGAGGAGGAGGAGGAGGAGGAAGAUGAUGAAAAUGAAGGAGAUGAUGAUGAAGAUUAUGAGGAGGCAGAGGAAGAAGAGGAGGAGGACGAGGAUCUUACACAAGAUGAAAAGGAGGAGGAGGAUCUGGAAGAUGAAGAAACUCAGUCUAACGACAUAUUGGAGGAGGAGCAGGGGGCGAAAACAGAACCUAAAGGGGAAAUCAGUCAGAAAUUGGAGUAUUUUAGUAACACCAAGUAUGAAGGAGAAGCUUGGUGUGGAACUGGAGAUGUCUGUGAUGAUGAUGAUAAAAUAAGUAAAGAACUUGAUGAAAAGGUGGAGGAAUCUGUUGAUACUCCUGUGUCUUUUAUAGCUGGGUGUCACGAAGGGUCGCAAGAAGAUGCAAUUGCCAUGUCUCCAAAGAUAAUGAAUAAUGAAGUAUCUUGCAAGUCAGUACCAAAACAAGCUGUCUUUCAAAAUCUAAAUAAUUUGCAAGAUACACAAGAAAGCUGGAACAGGAAAAGCAUGAUACAGGAGAAGUUUCACAGAAAUGCUGACUCCUGUCUUGCAGACUCUGAAACGACAGACUGGAAAAAAGAGAUACCUCAGCCUCUCUCAGAUAGUUGUGGUCUUAAGGAGAAAAAGUCAAGCUUCAGUGAUGGCUUUGAAAGUGGUAAUAAUUCUUGGUCAGCAGCAAAAAACCCAAGGCUUGAAAGUCAAAGACCGAACCCUGUCAUUCUUGAACGUGUGGGGGAUGAAGAUGCUGAAGAAGAGCAAUCUGAAGAGGUAGAUGAUAAAGUCUGUGAAGCACUGAAACAAGGAAGUGAAAACUUGCACUUAAAUAGGCGUGAAGAAAAUUUAAGAGCAGCAUUUCACUCAAGCACCAAAGCAGAAUCACCUGAAUGGGAAGAAGAGGAGGAGGAGCAGGAGAAGGAAGAUACUGGUGAAGAGCUCCAAACUGCAGUUGUUGAGGGUGUGAAAAAUUCUAUUGGUAAUGAUGGCCAUCAAGUCCACAGUGCUUCAAAAGACAACACUGGUGCCCUGCCAGCAGUGGGAGCAGAGGAAGAGGAAGAUGCUGAAUCUCCCUGGGACUCUGAGAUUAUACAGACGGAUUCUGGAAGUCCGAGAAAAGUAUCGUCUGGUGUGUUGCUCCCAGCUGCAGACAGACACGGAGCAUGCUUACAGAUUGUUUCAGGGGAACGUGACAAUGGCUUUUCGGAGAAACCCAACAAUUCCCCGCUGAAGACUUCUGAAUCUGUUUUGGAAAUGAAGGAAACCUCUGCUAAAAAAAGGCAGCAGAAAUCAGAUCUAUUGGAGGAAUUUGGUUUAGGAGGUGCAGAGGAUAUUGAAGAUGAGUACUCGGGAUCUACCUUUCAUACGUCAUCAUCAGCUGAAAAAGAAGACACCAAGGAUGCCAUUGAAAAUUGUGGGGCGCGGGAUAAAUAUAUUUUAGAAACUACCAACUUGAUAGAAAAAACAGCACAUGAAAAUCAGACUGACAAAGCAGAAAUUUCACAUCAGGAAGCCCUAGCAGAAAAUGAGGAAUUGCACAGUGCUGACAAGCAGUUAAGUCCAAAACCUUGGGAAGAAAGAUAUGAAAGGAUGUGGGUUGAAAAUGAGAAAAGAGAAUUGAAAACAAAUUUUAAAAACAUUACAGCAGAGCUGAAGCAGCUGUUUGGUGAAAUUAAUGAAACUGGGAAAACUACUUCCCAUGUGGAAGAAAUGUCAGAAGAUGGCUUCAGUGAAGAGUUGAAGAGUUCUCGUGUUGUUUCAUCUCGUGUGAUGGAAUCAAGUAAUAAGUUAGAAACUAAAGGUGAAUUUGGAGAUAUUAAACUUAUGCUAGGUGGAAAAGAACCCAAAAUGGAAAUUGAAAUUCCGAGUCUUGGUGUCCUUCCUGAUCCAAAUAACUUAAAUGCAAAUGUGGAAGAUACCUGGAGUACAGAUGAAGAAGAUAGCACAAACGAUACAGGUAAUACAAAGGUGCCUCUAGCAAAAGGAGAGGAAAAGAAAAUGCCCACUAUGGAAAUGGAAGAGAAUGAAAAUGGAAGUAGUAGAAAUGUAGAGGGAAGUCCUGAAUACUCCCUGAGACAUAGCUUAAAAACAAGUAUUUUGGAUGACGCUUCUAGUAUUCUUCCUAAAAUAAGACCUGUUUCUACAAGCGAUGCAAACACACUUUUUGUAACGGAAAGGAAACUUGGAAAAGACUCUGGAUUUAAUUACGAAGUUCCCGGGGACUGCCUUAUUGACAAUUAUAAAAUAGGAGAAACAGAAAUUGACAGUCUUUUUGCAAAUGCUCGGCAAUCCUGUGGCAUGCGGAAAAGGAAUCUUGACGAAGAACUAAAACAAGAUAUGGAAAGAUUUAAGAGUAAGGUAGGAGUGCUGCAAAUAGUAUUCCUGGCUUUGGAGAAAGAGAAGGUACAGCUGCAAAAAGAGGUUGAGAAGGAAAAAAGCAAAGAAAGAUGUUUCAAAACGCAGGCCGUGGCAAAACAGGAAGAUCUUGAUAAAUUAAAUACACCGACGGGUAUUGUUACUGAUCAGCACAUGAAACAAAAGCUUGCUCUAAGGAAGAAUGACUGUUUGAAACUGCAGAAUGAGAACACUGUAGAAGAAAAAGACAAAAAGAAUUUUUCAUCUGAGGAGAGUUCAAAAUUGAUUAAACUGCCGAUGAAAGGUAAAUUUGCCCUGAAUGCCAAAGUUGCAAAGAAAAAUAAAAGACAGACUUCAAAGCAGAAGGCUAAUCAGCAGAUGAGCACUUCCAGUGGGAAUAAUUUUCAAGUACUAGAUGAUAGCACUUUCAGUGAAACAUCUCAAGAUGAAGGAAGACCUGCAGCAAAAACAGGAAGUGAAAAGAACAAGGUCAGCAUACAAAUGGAUGUAACUGAUGACCUUGACUUAACUCACUCAUCUGACACAAGUUCAGAGGAUGUUGAAUUACCAACUUCAACCUACAAAGAGGCUAUGUUCCUGUUAGAACAGCUUAGUGUGGAUCAUACGGGUUCUGCUAUUUUGUUGAAAAUUCAGAACAUACUUCUUGAAUACGAACAGAUAAUAGAACGUGAAAAAAAUCGGUAUACAGCUGUCUGGAGAGAAGUAAGGAAAUUGGAAAGUGAAAAGGAGGAGUCACAAUUAAUAGUGGAAGAAACUCAAGAUUUGAAAUCCAUAUUGGCUCACCAAGAAUUGGAAUGGAAAAGUGAUAUCCAAAGCCUUAAAUUUACUUUGAAACAAGAAGAGGAAAAGAGGCUCAGAGUAGAAACUCUGUAUGAGAAAAUGAGAAAAACUCAGAAGGAAAGAAGAUCAAUAUUGGAAUAUUUUAAAGGCAUGCACGUACAUGUUAAAAGCUUUAUAGUCUUGGUGCUUCAAGUAAGACUUAGGCACCAGGAGGAAGAAGGAAAAUAUUUAGAGGAAAAUGAGACCUUGGAAGAAAAAAAUGAAGAUCUCAAAAAGGAACUUAAACUGAACGAGGAAGCCUUAACACACACGGUUUUUCAGUACAGUGUACAGCUGAACUUAUUAAAGACAGAAUCUGCAGUGCUAACUUCCAAACUUGAGCAGACGAAAGAAAGCAAAGACAGACUAGAGACAGAAAUUGAAUCAUUUCGUUCCCGCCUGAACACUACUGUUCAAGAACUUGAACGUCAUCAGUCAUCAAAAAGUGAUGUCGAACGAACAUUUCAGAGAGAAUGCGAUGAAUGGCUUCGCUUGCAAGACAAGCUUCAUCAUGACCUCUCUGAUGUGUGAGAAACCAACAAGAGCUUGUCUCAGCAGCUGAGUAAAGCUGAAAGCAAAGCUAAUAGUCUAGAAAAUGAGCUUCACCAGUUGAAACAAACACUCCGAGAAAAAACAUUGCUUUUAGAAAUGACACAAAAAGAAUUAAGUCAAGCCCAGUGUCAGGCAAAGGAAUGUGAUGAUGCUCAACAACUUGAGAAAGAUCAAGUAAGCAAACUUGUAAUAAAGCAGGAAUCCAUGCAGGAGCGAUUGGCCCAGCUCCAGAGUGAAAACCUUUUACUCCGUCAGCUAUUGGAAGAAGAUAUGCAGAACAAGGGGAUCAUCAAAGAAAAAGUAGUGAAUGAUGUGCAGGACCGGUUUAAUGAUAUUUUCAACAAACUCAGAGCUGAUACCGAAAAGCAAGUUUACCUAGUGGAAGAGAGAAACAAGGAAUUAAAUGCUAAGUGUACUGAUUUAAGAGAACAAGUCUUUAAAUACGAGACUGACAAAGUAGAAAGAGAGGGCAUGGUCAGACAGCUGCAGCAGGAGCUUGCCGAUGCUCUUAAAAAGCAAUCUAUGUCAGAAGCUUCACUUGAAGUUACCAUGCGCUACUGCAGUGACCUGGAGGAAGACAAGCUGCGCUUGCAAAAGGAACUGGAAAAGGUUAAAACUAAGAUGCAAAAGCAGAAUGUGCUGCCUCUGACAUCAAAGGACUCCCACAGCAUGUGGGAAGAGCACUUGAAGUCAAGAUCCCACCUUGAAGAGCGUGUUGCUCAGCUUGACAGAGAAAAGGCUGAACUCCUGGAACAGUGUGAGACUGAAAGAAAGAAAGUGAAGAAGCUGGUAGAGUUGAAACGCCCAGUCGAACUGCGUCUGGACCAAGAAAUGAAAAGAAACAUUGAACUGCAGAAAGACUGUAAGAGGUUGAAGAAGCUUCUGAGCAGAGCUGUGAGAAAACCAAGCAUAUAUGAGGAGAGAGAGAUGGAGUCCCAGCCUAGUUUACAGAAAGAAAUGAAGAAUAACUGCCCUGAAACACUCAAUGAAGUUGGUAGAUUAAGAACAAAGGUUGGUGAACUUUCCCAGCAGCUGGAGAUAGAGUCUAAAAAAUGCAUGCAGCUAGAAGCACAAAAUCAGGGUUUGCGAGAAGAGUUGUCCACCAUGCGUGGGAACCAUGAAAAACUGGAGAAGAGCAAAUGCCAGCUGAAAGAAGAGGUGGCUAACCUCAAACAUCAUUUGGAGACUAACAUGGUGGAUCGCAGCCAACUAGAACAAUAUAAAAGAGAGAUGGAAGAACGAGCCGGACAAGAGAUAAGACAAAAGCUACAAGAAGUCAAUCUGUUUUUGCAGGUCCCUGAAUCAAAAGCUUGCCCAAGAGCUGAUGAGAGACUAGCAGAAGCCAAUGCUAAGCUCCUUCAGGAGCGCCACAGAAGCAGACCUUUCAUCGCAAGCAGCAUUGUCAGUGGAGGUCUGGCUGCAAGUCCAGUUCUGUAUUCAACUGAAGUGGGACAUCUUGGCAACCAUUUGGCGCUGAACAGAAGUCAAAGUCUAGGAGGAAGCUUCCUAAGCCAAACCGGGAACGCAUUAUCGUCAAGAAACAGGGUUGAAGCCUAUGUGGCUAAGGUACGGCGGGAACUGGAUGAAAAAAUCACUAAAGAACUUGAAGAGGCCACUGCUGAACUUGAAACCGGAUCUGCUGGAUCUUCAAGAAAUGUCCAUGUUGACCAGGAUCCCCUUUGCAGGGCAAUACAGGAGUACCGCGAUGUUCUAACCAAAAAUUAUCUGGUUUGA